CAAGCAGUGGAUGGGAUGGCUGGAAGGUCAUGCCGACGUACGAUAUGCUGGCAUCGAGUGAGCGACCUGCAGGGACGGCUGGGUGGAUUACCAUUUCUUCUUCUGGCUAGUUACUUUGUAUAUUGGCCGCACCGUAGAAGCACCGGUGCCUCCCAGGAGUGCGCGCGCAAUCAUCAUGCACAAAGCAUUGGCUGCUAACUUAGUAAGAACAUGGUGUUCUCAGCAGCCAAUGCUGUGUGCAUUUCACCGGCACGCCCCUGCUGGGCCCCGCGCCCUUAGAGCCAGAUCAGCACACUGCUCUCGUAAUACAAACGCGUCCGCGUUUGAAUUAGCCAAGAGCCAUCGAUAGGACAGCUCGCCGUUGACGAUCACUGAAGUACCGGUAUCCUGGCUUCAGCAUGUUCCUCUGUCGGGUAGCAUACUGUGGAGUACGGGGUUUUGCAAAACAUUUUGAUGCCUGGG